GCUGUGCUGCUCGUUCAGCCAUGGGAAAGGUGCUGGGGCUGCUCAGAGAUGGGAGUCCCUGGUGAGAGCCCCCAGCUCCCAGGGGAUGCCUCCACUUCCCAGGAUUUGCUUUCCCAGCCCUGGAAGAGUUUUGCGGCCCUGAGCCCCUCGGCCUUUGCAAGCAUGAGGCUGUGGCGAGUUCAGUGCAGAGACUGAGGGAUUUGUCCCUGCUGCCAGCCUGGAGGGGCAGCAAUCCAGGAUGCCCGAGGGGAAUGCCAAUGCAAGACAGGCUUGGGACGGGCACUCUGCCCAUCACUGAGCCACCCUGCCCAAAAUCACAGAAUCCCAGACUGGUUUGGCUUGGGAGGGACCUUAAAGCCCUUAAAUCUCGUUCCACCCCUUGCCAUGGGCAGGGACACUUUCUGCUAUCCCAGGCUGCUCCAAGCCCUGUCCAGCCUGGCCUUGGGCACUUCCAGGGAUCCAGGGACAGCCACAGCUGCUCUGGGCAGCCUGUGCCAGUGUCUGCUCUGCCAGCUGGAAGUUGGGAUGGAUAACCCCAGAGCCGAGGGCUGGAGAGUUUGAUGCGGAGAGCGGCACUGUCCCCACCGGGACACCCCGUGCGCUGCGCAUGGAUGGACACGGCGACAGGGACAGGGGGCUGUGCCUGGAUCUGGGGACACGCAGCCCUCCUGCAGCUCCCCCAGGCUGCCGCCGGCGAGUCGCGGCUGCGUUUCCUCGGGAGAGGCGCUCCUGGAAUUGCUAAUGCUCCAGCCCGGAGGUGCGGCAUGCGGAGCGCUGCAGCCGCAGCAUCAGGGUGAAGCGACUCCUCAGCCCUUGUCAGAAGAUGCUUAAGUGACAGCCCAGUUAGACCCCACCAUGGAGAAGACAGAAGCAGAUGGCCAGCCGCCCAAACCCGACGGGGACCGGGAGCAGCCCCGCAGCCUCCCCUACUCGCUGGAGACACCCUACGGCUUCCACUUGGACCUGGACUUCCUCAAGUACGUGGACGACAUCGAGAAAGGCAACACCAUCAGGCGGGUGCACAUCCACCGCAGAGCCAAGCAGCCCAAAUUCAACACCCUGCCCAGAAACUUCAGCCUGCCCGAGAGCGGCUCCCGCGGCUGCUCCACCGCCGCUCCCAGCAAGAGCUGGACCUCCACCUGCUCCUUCCCUCAGCGAAAGGCGUCCCUGGGCGAGGAGCCGCCGCGGGCCCCGCUGCCGGCCGGGGCAGCUCCCGAGGAGCCGAGCUACCGGAGGAAGGCGCUGCUGGCGGAGGCGCGGCGGCAGGCGGAGCUGGGCUGGCCUCCGGCGGAGCUGGGCUGGCCUCCUCAGGCGGAGCUGGCCCGGCCGCAGGACGCGCUGAGGGCACGGCCGCAGCUGCUGCGAGCCUCCAGCAUGCCCGAGGCGCUGCCCCCCGGCCACAGCCCCCCGGCCGCACCCUCGCCCCUCCGGAGCCCUCCGCAGCCCUGCCACGGUCCCCAGAGCGCCUCCCGGCCCAGCUCGGAGGGCAGCGGCUCAGCCCCGCCGCGAGAGAUGGAGCGGGACGGCUCCGCGGGGCAGCCCGGCGGGGCUCUGCCCCUGCAGCCCCCCUGGCAGAGCCAGCAGCUGCAGGUGCUGGUGGAGAGCGGGGCCGAGGAGGGCGAUGCCGCCGAUGGCUCCGACCCGGCCAGGGCUGAGGCAGCGGCACCGGCUGCCCUCCGGCUGGCGGAGGAGAGCGUGAGCCCUGCGGAAAGGGGGCUCAGUGUGAGUGAGAUGGAUCUGAACGUGCUGAAGGAAAGUGAGGAGAGGAAUGUCCGAGCUGGAGGGGACAAGGAGAGCAGUGCUCCCCGUACCCCUGAGCAUGGAGAGCCCGGCGGGGUCACGGCGCUGAAGCAGCAGGUCGCUGAGCUGGAGGAGCAGCUGGCCAAGAAGAAAGAGGAGCUCGAGCAGGUCAGGGCAGUGCUGGAGCAGCAGGAUCGUGAGAUCCAGGAGAAGGAGAAGAGCAUUAAGCUGCUGGCCAGCUCCAAAGCUGAGCUGGAAGAGCAGCUGUGGCAGGAGAAGGCCAGGGAGGCUGAGCCGCGGAGGCGCAGGGGCAGCGGGGCCUUGCAGCGCCUGGACGCCGCCGUGAACACCGAGCUCUCGCAGGGGACAGGGCUCCGGCAGGCCCAGGACAAGGGCAUCAACGUCAAUAUCCCGCUCUCCACCAGAUCCAUCGGCUGCGGCACCCUCAGGGCAGAGAGAGCCCAGGCCGGGGAGGCGUGCAGGGAGCAGGGCCCGGCGGGUGCUCGGGCACAGGGACGGGCUGGUGAGGCCAGCGUGGAGGCCGGACCUCCUGCUCCCUGCCUCAGGCAGCUGCAGAUCCACGAGCACCCCGGAGACCACAACCAGAACCACCAGAACUCCCUCGGCAAGGCGGGCUUUGGAGAAGAUGAACCUCGGGAAGGGCUGCAGGAGGAAGGGGCUCCUGGCCAUGAGGAGCUCCCGGCCGUUGACCCCAUUGGCCAAUAUGUGAAAAAGAUCCAGGAGCUCCUGCAGGAGCAGUGGCUGUGCUUGGAGCACGGCUACCCCGAGCUGGCCAGCGCCAUCAAGCAGCCGGCCUCCAAGCUCAGCUCCAUCCAGAACCAAUUAGUUAAUUCCCUGAACUCCCUGCUCUCUGCCUACUCCUCACAAGGCCCUGUGGAUAAGGAGAAUUCCAACACGCACUAUCAACAGUUGGAAAACUCUCCAACCACAAGUCUUAAAUCCAUCAUGAAAAAGAAGGGUUAUGGUUUCCAUGCAGGAGGCAAUGGGACCAAAAAGAAUCUCCAGUUUGUUGGGGUAAAUGGUGGCUACGAGACAACGUCAAGUGAAGAGGACACCAGCUGUGAGGACAGCGACACCGAGACCGAGGACAGAGCCGGGGACGUGGAGCCCGAGCAGGAUGGAAGGGAAAGCAGAGGGCCUUCCUCAGGGGAGAAGCGUGAGGCGGAGGAUGAUGAUGAUGAUGAUGAUGAGCAGGAGGCAUCAGCAGGAGCAGCUCCCUGCUCUCAGCACCAGGCUCACAGAUGCAAACCCUCCGAAGAUUUCCUUGCUGCCUGCCAGCUCCUCAGUGAACACCUCCCAGAAAUCAGCAGCAGAAGCAACCAGCAUCUGCAGCCUGUGCUGGGCUCCAUCUCCCGGGAGUGGUUCCAGGUGUCCAGCCACAAGGCUUCCAGGCCCGAGGUGGUGGCAGCGUACCUGGAGGCGCUGGGGGACACCCAGCCCCAGCUCCUGGAGACCGUGGUGAACCUGCCUGACAGGAAUGGCAACACAGCUCUCCACUACAGCGUGUCCCACUCCAACUUCCAGGUCGCAAAGCUCCUGCUGGACACGGGGAAGUGCUGCCUGGACCUGCAGAACCGUGCUGGCUACACGGCCGUGAUGCUGACGCCGCUGGCGGCCCCCGAGACCCGCCAGGACAUGGAGGUGGUGAUGAGGCUGCUGCAGGAGGGGGAUGUCAACCUGAGAGCUGCCCAGGGCGGCCAGACCGCGCUGAUGCUGGGGGUGAGGCACGACAGGGACGCCAUGGUGCGGGCGCUGCUGGCCUGCCGGGCCGAUGUCAACCUGCAGGACGAGGAGGGCAGCACGGCGCUGAUGGUGGCCUGUCGCCAGGGCAACGCCGACAUGGUGCGGCUGCUGCUGGCGCAGCCCGGCUGCCUGGUGACCCUCACGGACAAGGGCGGGAACUCGGCGCUGUCACUGGCUCAUGGGGACAUCGCUGCGCUCCUGCGAGCCCACAUCGAGCUCAGCCCCUCCCUCCCGUUGUGAGCCGGAGCCAGCGCUCCUCCCUGAGCAUCCCUGCUGGGGCCACAGGGCAGCAACUGCCUGCACCACUGAAUCAUGCUCCCUGUGCCUAAUUCUCCUCCUUCGUCCCACUCACAGCCUGAUCUGUGCCACAAACAACUCCAGACCCUCUCCUCUCCUCUCCUCUCCUCUCCUCUCCUCUCCUCUCCUCUCC